CCUGCUGUCUGUACGCAAAUGAAGCCUCGUUGGGGGUGGUUGUGUUUGGCUGCUCUGCUCAUGGAUAUAACAGUAGCAGAAGCCCACGGUGACUUAGAUGAUGAUGAAGAGGAGGAACUUUUGGACAACACAGAAGAAACUUUCAGUAAAGAGCAGAAACAUUAUCUAGAGGUUGAAUACCACAGUCCAGUUCCUAGCGGAGAGGUGUUUUUCACAGAAACAUUUGAUUCUGGGACACUGGAUGGGUGGGUGCUUUCCAAAACAAUGAAAGAAGAUGCUGAUGAAGAAAUUGCUAAAUAUGAUGGAGAGUGGGAAGUAGAAGCGCUGAAAGAAAACAGGCUGUCGGGAGACCUCGGACUCGUUCUGAAGUCGGUGGCGAGACACCACGCUAUAUCGGCAAAGCUAGAGAAGCCUUUUAUUUUUAACAGCAAACCCCUCAUUAUCCAGUAUGAAGUGAAUUUUCAGGAUGGGAUAGAUUGUGGUGGCGCAUACAUCAAACUUCUGUCUGACUCAAAGAAUAUGAACCUGGAGGAAUUUCAUGACAGGACACCCUACACUAUUAUGUUUGGACCUGACAAGUGCGGAGAAGAUUAUAAGCUACAUUUUAUCUUCCGUCAUAAAAACCCUUUAAUUGAAGACUAUGAUGAAAAGCAUGCAAAGCGCCCCGAAGUUGAUUUGAAGAAAUACUUUAAUGACAAGAAAACACAUCUUUACACACUAGUGCUAAAGCCAGACAACACCUUUGAGAUGCUUAUUGACCAGACUGUGGUUAGCCAAGGAAGCUUGUUGGAAGAUGUGAUCCCUCCACUAAAUCCACCCAAAGAAAUUGAUGAUCUCAAGGACAAAAAACCAAAAGACUGGGAUGAAAGGCCCAAAAUUCCAGAUCCCGAUGCAGUUGAACCAGAGGACUGGGAUGAAGGUGGACCUUCUCAGAUAGAAGACGUAAAUGCUGUCAAACCCGAGGGAUGGCUGGAUGAUGAGCCUCACUUUAUACCUGAUCCAGGUGUUCAGAGGCCAAGUGACUGGAAUGAUGAAAUGGAUGGGGAGUGGGAGGCCCCCCUGAUUCCUAAUCCUAAAUGCGAUUCCGCCCCUGGGUGUGGUGAGUGGAAACUCCCCAUGAUUGACAAUCCAAACUACAAAGGCAAAUGGAAGCCACCAAUGAUUGAAAAUCCCAAUUACCAGGGGAUAUGGAAACCACGCAAAAUUCCAAAUCCACACUAUUUCGAGGACCUUAAUCCAUUUAAAAUGACAUCUUUCAGUGCCAUUGGCUUGGAGCUGUGGUCAAUGACAUCUGACAUCUACUUUGACAACUUCAUCAUCUGUUCUGACAAGGAGGUGGCUGACCGCUGGGCCUCGGACAGUUGGGGACUGAAGAAACUGGUAGCAAGUGCUAAUGAGCCAGGCAUGUUGAACCAGCUCCUGACUGCUGCAGAAGAGAGGCCGUGGCUCUGGGUCCUUUAUGUCUUGACAGCUGCUCUGCCUGUGGGCCUAUUGGUCCUAUUUUGCUGGCCCAGAAAGAAAAUUGAAGAGGAGUUGGAAGAUAUAGAUUUCAAAAUGAGUGAUUUACUGGAUCCAGAUGAAAAGGAGUUUGAGCUACAGAAGAAUACGAAAGGGGACUUGGAGGCCCUAGAUGACUUGGCUAAUGCAGCUACUGAAAACGGUAUUGAGAAGGAUGGAAAGAGUGAGGAGGAAGAAGGCAGCCAAGAAGAUGAGGAUAGUGCGAUGACCAACAAGUCUUCAGAUGAUGAGAUGAAAGAAGCAGACGAAGGCGCUAGCUCAGCAGACGGUAUGAAGAAAUCACUCCGCAAAAGACGAGUACGGAAAGAUUAGGAUGUUCCCGGGAUUUUUAUAGCUAGCAAAGUCACCGGCAGAGUCUGGCAGGAGCUUGGUGACGGUCUAAUAAAAUGAAUGCCACGUUUUUUUACCUCUCAAUAUAUCUCGCGUUAUGUGUACCUUCCAUACAGGUUUGUAAUGUGAACCGGAAUCCGUCAUCCCUUAACAUGGAUAUUUAAAAAUGUACACUUACAGACCCA